UUCUCACCAUCAAACAACCAUUCAUAAGAAAAAAAAAAACACAUAUUUCUUUUUUUUUUCACAGCAAAAAAAAGAAUUUGAUUAACGAUGGCGAAGGACGUGGAAGGAGGAGUGGCCGGAGAAGGUUUUCCGGCGAGGGAUUACACGGAUCCACCGCCGGCGGCGCUGGUGGACGCGGAGGAGCUGACGAGGUGGUCGUUCUACAGAGCGGUGAUAGCAGAGUUCAUAGCCACUCUCCUCUUCCUGUACAUAACCGUCUUAACCGUGAUCGGUUACAAAUCCCAAACCGAUACCAAAGCCGGCGGCGAUGACUGCGGCGGCGUCGGAAUACUCGGCAUCGCGUGGGCCUUCGGCGGCAUGAUAUUCAUCCUCGUCUACUGCACCGCCGGUAUCUCAGGUGGGCACAUAAACCCGGCGGUAACAUUUGGGCUGUUAUUGGGCCGGAAGGUGACAUUAGUGAGGGCCUUACUGUACAUGGUGGCCCAAUGCUUGGGAGCGAUAUGCGGAGUGGGGCUCGUGAAGGCUUUCCAGAGUUCAUACUACGACCGUUACGGCGGAGGAGCCAACUCACUGGCCGACGGUUACAGCAAAGGCACCGGCCUCGCCGCAGAGAUCAUCGGCACCUUCGUCCUCGUCUACACCGUCUUCUCCGCCACCGACCCCAAGCGCAACGCCCGUGACUCCCACGUCCCGGUGUUGGCGCCGCUUCCGAUAGGGUUUGCGGUGUUUAUGGUACACUUGGCGACGAUUCCGAUCACCGGAACCGGCAUUAAUCCGGCGAGGAGUCUCGGGGCCGCCGUCAUCUACAACAAGGACAAGCCUUGGGACGACCACUGGAUAUUCUGGGUGGGGCCCUUCAUCGGGGCUGCGAUCGCUGCUUUCUACCACCAAUUCGUCCUGAGGGCUUCGGGUUCCAAAUCCCUCGGAUCUUUCAGGAGCGCUUCCAACAUCUGAGAUCUCUCCUCUCAAUUAAUUUAAUAAAUCACAAAAAUAACGUAAUUUGUGAUUUAUUAAUUAUCGUGUAUAUUAUUGUCACCAAAUCCAUCGGGCUCUUUGAUUUAAAAAAAAAAACAUAUGCCCUUAUAUUUCUUUCUGCGUGUAAUGCUUUUAUGGAAUUUUCUAGUGUGUCAAUGUUGUACUUU